AUGAAGGAGGAAAUAUCACAGCUUGUGGACUCUCGAGGAAGACGACCUGCAUCCAACGACGACGCAUUCAAAUUAUACAACUUCUCAUCAUCCAUCCCAAUUUUCAGACGGAAGUACGACUGGAAUGUACCAAAAUGGGAGCCUGAUCAAAUAAGACGGCUACACAUUGCCGUCCGUACCCAGCUUACAAAGGAUCUGGCUGAAGGGCCUGCGGGGCUGGAUUCUAGGCUAGAACCCGCAGAGAUAUCCAAUCUAUCCCAACUGCUCAACGUAUCACAUGCACGAGUGUUGUAUGGAUUAUACCUUGAUUUUGGACCGACACGUAUGGCCGAUGUCAUAGUUGACCUCUUGCGCAGAAAAGAUUUUGUAAAUGUUAUAGACGCAAUGAAAAGGGAUCCGGACGCCUUCGGUCGUCUUUUCUCAACAUCAGCAGAUUCAUCCCAGGAAUAUAGAACUAGCAGUAGCGUUAGUAGUGCACAAGCAGCCAAUCCUGCCGUAGACCUGGCAUCUCUCUGGUCGCGGGUGGCAGAUGAUGUUAACGGCAACGGCAAAAGUACAAAGUGCAAGCUUGCCACAGAAUGUUGUACUAUAUUUCUCAAUUCCACUCCUGACGGGACGCUUAUAGAGACUGUUACAAAAAAGGAGAUUACAAAGUUGCGCCACUAUACUGCCACCCUGCCACCAAAUGACGAUUAUCUGCAGAGGGGUGCCAAAGUUGCACAAGAGUUGGGACUAACCCUCUACCAGCUGCUGAAGGCAGAUUCGAGGCCGAAAGAUCUAUCGAGCAAACGCUGGGAACACCACGAGGACGAACGGCUGAUACAGCUUGUGCAGAGGCAAGUAAACAUACAUGCUCGCGGACCUAAACGCUCCAAUUCACUCUGCUGGAAAACUGUGGCUCGCCAAAUGGGAAACAAGACAAAUGAACAAUGCAGAUUGCGAUGGAGAGCCAUAGGGAACACCACACUCUGGAACGAAGCCUUCGAUGAUUCGCAGCUUUACAUGUUGCAAAUAUUGCACGCGGCAUAUGGAGAUAACUGGCAAAAAAUAGCGAAAUUGAUGCCAGGUAAACAAGCCCAUCAAUGCAGAAGCAAGUUCCUAUCGUGCAUUUCGCAACCAGAUAGAACUGACUACAUCAGAUACUACAAUGACCUCAAGAAUGCAAUCACUAACCGUAACGCAGCUGUGAAUGUUCGCAAGUGGUGGGCACGAGUGGACUGUUUGGGCAUGAAGAUGCUAAAAAUUGCCAACAUCACAAAGAAUGCGGCCAUCAUGAACGUGCUAGGCGACUUCUACAACUCGGAAGAAAUAAUGUGGCGCAUCAACAGACUAUUCGGCGACGAUUCGCUAAAGAGAACGCAUGCCCUAAAUGGGGUGGAUGUGCUGACGGUGGCGGAAUACCUCAGGCAGUACUCCUCACACAUGGUGUGCAAAAUCUUAAACAGCAUAGUCGUCUCGCUCCUGAAGAAAUCGAAGGUCGGGCACGCAAACGAUUUUAGGAACAUAUUCGAUUUGGGCAAUGUGGGCGAGUCGCAAUUCGCCGAAGCACUCAAAAGACUGCUGGAGCUUUCAUGGCCUUAG